CCCUCUCUCUCUCUCUCUCUCUCUCUCUCUCUCUCUCUCUCUCUCUCUCCAACUUUAUCAGUUUCUUUUGAAAACUUUUCUCGAAAAAAAUCCCCAAUCCUUCCGUUCUCUACGCUCAUAAGGGAUGAAUCGCAGAGGUGAUCCUAACCCUUUCGAUCAAGAAGAAGAGGUCAAUCCUUUUGCGAAUUCUGCUGCACCUGCUUCAAAGUCACGCCUUGCAUCAUUGGUCCCUGAAGCACUAGGUUUUGGUCGAAAACAUGACGCCAAUGUGGAUAUACCACUGGAUGCAAUGGUUGAUUCUAAGGAUAAAGAAAGGGAGCUUGCAUCUUGGGAAGCAGAUUUGAAAAGGAGAGAACAGGAUAUCAAAAGAAGAGAAGAUGCUGUUACCAGAGCUGGUGUCCCCUCAGAUGAUAGAAACUGGCCUCCGUUUUUUCCAGUUAUUCAUCAUGAUAUAGCUAAUGAAAUACCGAUCCAUGCUCAAAGGUUGCAGUAUCUGGCUUUUGCAAGUUGGUUAGGUAUAGUCUUUUGUCUUGCAUUCAAUGUUAUUGCUGUGUCUGUCUGCUGGAUUAGAGGGGGAGGUGUUAAAAUAUUUUUCCUUGCUAUUAUCUAUGCACUUCUUGGAUGCCCUCUUUCAUACGUGCUGUGGUACAGGCCACUCUAUCGCGCGAUGAGGACAGAUAGUGCCCUGAAAUUUAGUUGGUUUUUCCUGUUUUACCUGAUGCACAUUGGUUUCUGCAUUGUUGCUGCUAUUGCCCCUCCGAUUGUUUUCCAGGGGAAAUCGUUUACGGGUAUUCUUUCUGCGAUAUCAGUCUUCUCCGACCAUGUGCUGCCUGGGAUCUUCUAUUUGGUUGGGUUUGGUUUUUUUUGCUUGGAAACACUUCUAAGCUUUUGGGUACUUCAGAAAGUUUACAUGUAUUUCAGAGGUAAUAAGUGAAGAAUUCCUAAGCUCUAAUCAAUAUUCCAGUCGGUGUUCAUGUUGCAAAAAGCUAUCAGUAUAUUCUUUACUUUCUCUUCGAGACAAGUUAUCUAUUUCGUGUGAUUAUGAAUGUAUUUUGGGUGACAAGGCAGGUUCUUUUUUCUUUUUUUGGUUCUGUAAUUUGAUGUUCGAGUCUUGUUAUAGAAGAAUUUAUAAAUUAGGUUUACAUUUGGAAUUAGGGCAUGUUCAGUAAAUUGUUGAACCGUAAAUGUUUUUGAAUGAUAUGGUACUUAAUUCAUGUCUACCUAGUUAACCACGUGAACUUACUAUGGUUAUAGUGGUAUAAGAUUAUUCACUGGAUUUGCUGGA